AUGUCGACCAGCAGCAACAGCAUCAGCAUCAACAGUCGGUCAGUUAUCGGCAGCACCAAACCUCUGCGCUUCUUGGUCGUGCCAUGCCAUGGGGUGAAAUCGGAUACUGGCGAUGCUCAAGAUCAAGAUAUCCGACAUACUAGCGGAAAGCAACCUUCGUCGCAGCGUGAGGCUGAUGAGUUAUCGGAAGGCUUUAAACCGUUGGCAAGGACUGAAAUCUUCAGCGCAGGCGAUCUGGUCGCGAUGGAUGCCGAGUUUGUGACGCUGAAACCGGAGGAAAGUGAAAUCCGUUCCGAUGGAAAGAUGUUGACGGUGAAACCCCGGGCAUCACGUGCAUCCGGGGACAGGGCGAGCAUGAGAUUGUCCCGUUCAUAGAUGAUUACAUCUCGACGC